UAAAACUGCCUGAUCAUUAACCAGGAGCAUUAACAACCCCAGACACCCACAGCACCCCUGCGUGCCAGCUCAAGGGAGGUUUCCAUCCGGCCCAAGCCGACUGUGCAGUGGCCUGGGGAAGGCAAAAACCAGACUGAAAAUGUUGUUUUUUCUCCACAGCAACACUCAGGGUCCGGCUGAGGAGAUGCCUCAGUGGGAUGUGGGGAGGCAGCCGUUGGGCAAGAUCCUCUCUCUGGACAGGCGAGAGGCCAAGAAAGUGCUGGAGAUUUAUGUCAAGCGCUCACUGAGCUGCCAUGAAAACUCAUUGGUGGCCAAAAAAUCCCUUCAGGAGAAAGACAGAGGGAGAGGGAGGAAAACUGAUGGGCUACAACGGUCAGAAAGUGAUUUCUGCACACACUCAUGUGCCAGACCCAGCCCCAGGAAGGACCAGGAGGAGAGACUCAAAACACCAGACCUGGAGGAGACUUUGGGUGAUGACAGCAAAGCUCCCCAGGAGGUGCCUAAAGAGGGGCUGAAGGCCAAAAGGAAAAGCACAAAAAACUCUUCCCAGGGCAAAACGCAACACUCGGGUUCAAAACCAGCUUUGCUGAAAGGUUUCUUAAAUCUCUUCUUGAAGAAGAGCCCUGAGGACCAGAAGGAAAACACAGGGCAAAAAGCAAAGGAGAAAGAUGUCAAAGCUCUUCAGGGCUCCAAACCAGAAGGAGCCAAAAAACACAGAGUAGAUUCCAGCACGUCCCCAGCUUUGGGCAGAGCCCUGAAGAAGAAACCCAGCCUCAAGAAGGUUUUCUCCCUGAAGAAGCACGGUGAGGAGGAGCGGGGAGAGCCGGGAUCCGGGGCGAGGAGCAAGCGCCCCAGCUGCCUUCCCCUGUGGCACGUCCUGGCCCCGGCCCAGCCAGAGGCGGAGCGGCCCGAUGGAUACUACACACAGGUGUCCGAGGAGGUCGGGCAGAUCGUGCAGGGCAGCGAGAGCCGGGGGGGCACAGCAGGAGGGUGUGGGGAGCCCCCGCAGCCCCCCGGCACCGACGGGGUCGAUGAAGCCAUCAGGAGAAUCGUUGCCCUGCUCCGGAGUGCAGGAGAUGAGCUGGACAGGCAGGUGAGGGAGGACGCACGGCUGCAGCUGUUCUUCAGGGACAUGUCCUACAGCUCCUUCAAGAACCUGGCCGACGCCUACGUCCAGAGGGAGCUGACAGCCAGCAGGCCCAACGUCAACCCCCAGGAGAUCCAGUUUGCCUACACGGUCCAUCUCACCGCCACGGUGGCGGGGAUCUGCAGCCAGGCAGUGAACAGGAUCAUGGGCUUCGGCACCCGCUACCUGGACGAUUCCUUUGCACUCUACGGCAAAAUUCUCCAGCAGGAGAGAGAAAAGCUCAGGACAGACCACUGUGACAGCCCGGACUGACAGCGGCUGCUGCGAGGGGUCCGUGGUGCCUGGGAACCCAAGGAUGAACAUUUAGUGGUGGGAGGACAAUCCCUGAUGGUGACCUGGAUUUGGGGUGAAUUUCUGAGCUGUGGAUUUAAAAUCUUUCCAGCAGUGUGAAAUGCCUGAACCCCACCUGGCUGGGGGCAAAAAGUCAGAAAAUCAAACAGAGCCCAAAUUUCACCCUGUAUUUGUAUUUUAUCUCCUGCCAAGUGCUUGUGUUGAACCUCAGGGGUUGUUGCUGUUUGUGCACAUGUAUUUAUUUACCUGCUUUUCUAAAUGUAUUUGUGAAUGUACAACAUAAUUUUUGCAGUUUCUGCUACCAGCCAAGAAUCCAGUUUGGAAAAAAAUCUAAAACUCAAAUAAAUUGGUGCCUAAAUGCCA